CACUAAAAAACAGUCUUGUCCGCCGAAGUGCGGAUGUGUUGUGGUUAUAAGUCUGUCGUUGUUUACGUUCGCAGUGUGACCUACCAUGUGAAGCCGGCGAGUGAUGCCACCUAGCGGGGGCGCCGCGAAGCAGCAUGACGCUGGCGCAACUCACGCCCCCCAGGGGCAGCAAGGUGAUGCCGGCCGCUCGUCCCCAGGAUCCGCCCCAGCAGGCGGGCGCGGACGGGUCGGCCUACCAGCGGCUGCUGCAGUCCCUGCACGGAGAUCCCAAGUGGCAGGCGGAGGUCAGCCUGGGCCGCAGGGCGGGCUUCUACCGCUUCAGAGGGGACCUGGGCUCCGGCAACUUCUCGCAGGUCAAGAUGGCCGUGCACCAGCUCACCAGGGAGCAAGUGGCCGUCAAGAUCCUGGACAAGAGCAGGCUGGAGCAGAAGACCAGGAGGAUGCUGGCGCGCGAGAUAGCCACCAUGGAGGCCAUCCACCACCCCAACAUCAUCAGGCUGUACGAGGUGGUGGAGACGUACAGCAAGAUCUACCUGGUGAUGGAGUACGCCCGGGGCGGCGAGCUGUUCAACAAGGUCACGUCCUCGGGCAGGUUCUCCGAGCCGGAGGCCCGGCCCCUGUUCGCGCAGAUCGUCUCCGCGGUGGAGUACAUGCAUGACCAUAACUUCAUCCACCGAGACAUAAAAGCGGAAAAUGUAUUCUACGCAACGCCGAGCCUUGUCAAAUUGGGAGAUUUUGGUUUCAGCACGCAGCUAACUUCAGGCGCGGACCAGCGGCUCAACACGUUCUGCGGCUCGCCGCCCUACGCGGCGCCCGAGCUGUUCCGUGACGAGUCGUACCUGGGCGGGCCGGUGGACGUGUGGGCGCUCGGCGUGCUGCUGUACUUCAUGGUCACGGCGCAGAUCCCCUUCAAGGCCCAGACCGUGGCCUCGCUCAAGCAGCACAUCCUGGACGGCUCCUUCGCCGUGCCCGGCUACGUGUCGGCGCCGUGCCGCCGGCUCGUCGAAGGCAUCCUGCGGCAGUGCCCCCGGGAGAGGCCGACGCCGGCCCAGAUCCGCGGCUCAGAGUGGCUGCAGGGCGUGGGCUUCCCGGAGCGCCCGGGCCCCGCCGAGGACCCCGGGCUGGGGGCCGCGGCCCGGGCGAGGCUGGAGGAGCUGGGCGUCUCCGGGGCGCUGCUGGAGGAGCACCAGGGGCGCGGGGUGCGCAGCGCCGUCGUGGGCACCUACCGCAUCGUGACGCACCGCCUGCAGCGCCAGGCCACGGCGGGGGCCGAGCUCGAGGAGCCGGCACCGCCCCGGAGCGCCGGCACCACUCCCGACCACCGCUCCCGCCUGGGCGCCCUGGCGCGGCACGCCAGGUCCGCCGUGCCGGCCGCGCCCAGGGGCAAGAGGCACCGGUCCCGCGCGUGCUCGCUGCUGUGACGCGCCUGUCCCUGCAGCCGGCGUCGCCGUUCGCUCCCUCGGGUUGUUCCCGCGUCGCCGAGGCCGGUGUUCCAAGACGCUCGGGCGAGGCAGCGAACAAGCACUGCUCUGCCGGACGCAACCGUAACCUAACUCGUGGGUCGCAUUCCAGAACGCGUCCGGACAGAAAGGCAACUUUACAAUAAACGGUGCCCUGCCGCGAGGCUAGAAACCUGGUUUCAAUGCAUUCUAGCGUUUUGGCUACCAUCGAUUAAAUUGUUACUGCAAAAAUCCUAGCGAUAGUAGCACUGCUGCACAUAUUCUAAUUUAUUCUAAUUUUCUUAAGUACUUUUCAGGUUGCAAUUAUUUCUUUUUAUGACCAUUAAAGUGUACAAAAUGUUUUUCAGGAUAGUUUCGCUAUCAUAAAGUUACAUUUGGCACUCCAAAAUGAUAGCUACUUCCCCCAUAUUCAUGAAGUUUAAUGUAUACGAGUAAAUGGCACCAGAUGUAGGAACGCUGUAUAGGUGAAAUCAACGAAAAAGUGAGCUCUGUGCAUGCGCAGAAUUUGGGCAGCAGAAUGGCAACUGUAAUAGGACAUCUAAAUCCGUUCCUUAAAAAUAAGGAACUGCCCGCAUCCUAUAGUGCACUAGGAAUACGGUUAGGGUACAUAGGGUAGCAUAUUCAACACCUAAACCCUAAGUUUGGUGUCUUGGAAUACCAGACUAAAUCAGUAUUUUUUUUUCUUUAGUUGAACUGAAACUGUUAAAAAAUGUUAAGGUUCGGGCCAACAUUCCAACUCCCUCUUCUUGCAUUAACAACUGAAUAAGAGUGAUGGUAAUUGGAUUUGCUGACAUAACACAAAGUACUGUCAGCAUAUUAAUGAAAAAAAUGAAAAUGCUUUUGGAACCUUUUACUUUUCCAAUUGUUCAUUUAUAUAGAAUCACUACCAUGGCUCAGAAUAAACUCUCUAUCAUCCUUUGAAAUAGACAAAUGUUUAGUAAAAGUUUGCGCGUUGCUCAUUUCAUGAAGCGUGGCAAGCUGCCCUCGUCAUUCCCAGGUUCCAAGAAGGGUCGCCAUAGCAAAGUGAGAGUAGAAGUUAUGUUUAAGUGUAACCGAAGGCUUACGAGUGUCAUUCAUGGCGGGUGUGUCGUCAUUUGCGCUCCCAAGGCUUUGUUCAGAGGAGCAAUGGUAGUGAACCCACCCAGGUACAGCAAGGGCAGAAAUACAGCGUACAGUGUGCGAGGUCAAAGGAAUGUGUUCUGUUACUGCAACGUAACAUGUUUACACCAGCAGGUAGUUAGUUCUGGCUUCUGCAGUAGCUUGUAGCACUGACGUUGAUGUUACAUCAGAUGAAGGAUCAGUUUUUGUUUAUAGAAUGUCACUGUGCUAGUAAAAUAUACUGUUACGUUUGGAUCCCGCCAUUAAUGACUUCCAGUUCUGGCACUCUAUGCACUAGUACUUCCGAUACAACACUAUAUAUACCAACUCUAGAAGAUAAAAGCUAUUUUAAGUAUAUAUGCUUCUUGGCAUCUGGCUUAGGCCAAGCUUGUAAAAAAAUUAUUUUGUCAGGGAUUUCAGAAUGCCUUGUUGCUGUCAUCUUCAAGAUUUAAGUGCUUUAAAAAAUACAGAGUCAAAGAAAAACCAGAACAAAAGGCCUAGUGGUAGCAAGGACAUUAGUAGGUAGUCUGUGCAACAAUAAUAAUUGCUUUAAGGCCCUAUCACUCUUACAGACCUUCGCUUCCAACACUGUCCAAUGAAACUACUAAAAUAACGUCCGAGAGUUAUGACGGCACUAACUAACGUCACUGGCACAACCAUGCUUGUUUUGAAAAUAUCUUUAAAAGAAUCUUUAUUAAAAGUUGUACGACGAGUUUUCCUCUAAUAUUUUUUUUUUAAAAGACUGGUUCUUGAACUCCACAUUCUAAAAUAUUUUGGAUGUUUCAUGUAAUCAACCAAUCAGUAUUUCUCCCCAGAAAAAAAAUAAAUGACAUCCUUUUCCAUCACAAUGAAUGUUUAAAAUCAUUAAAGACACAUGGGAAUUUGAGGUAUGAAUAAAAAAGAAACAUAUUUUGCUUUGCAAUGAGUAUUAAUAUUAUUUAAAUUUAAUGUCUUUUAAAAGUUACGAAAUGCAUAAAAAUAAUAAAACAUUUAAAAUUUCAAUAUAAAGCGUAUCUUAAAGUUAAAAUAAUGCAACACAGUGCUGUAUGUAAAAUUCGGAGCUAGCUCAGGCCAAUAAUAAACUGAAAUAUUGGCUCGGAAGCCAGGUCAGAUCCAUAUUACAUUUUUAACUUUUUUGUCAUAUGUGGUUGGAGACAACAAUUUGACAACGUGACAGAGGCACUUAGAACAUUGAAGAAAGCUGAAGUACAUAAAUAUUCUACAAAUCACUUAGUUGAAUACUCAUAAGUUUAGUUAUUUGUAUAAUUUUUUUUUUAUGAUUAUCAAUGAAACAGAAAAAUUCAUAAUUAGAUACAUUAGUAUUUCUGUAUGAAAAGUAUUGCUACUUGUUUAUAUGAUUUGGAAUGUUGUUAUAGUUAGUCAAUAACUAAAAGAAUAUUGUAUUGUUUUGUAGGUAAAAAUCACAGUUUUAUUUUACUAACUAGAUUCUAAGUAGUGUUUUGUUGGAAAUAAUUUUAUGUAGGUACCAUUCAUGAUAUUAUUAGCGCAUACUUGUGUUUCAUGUGGAAAUUAAAAUACCCACCUUUACUAGUCAUUAGCUAGAGUUCCUAUCGGGCACUCAAGUAUACAAUUAGCGAGGAGUGUAUGUAUGCAUGUGUGUAUAAGUUGUGUUACCAGAUUGAAGCAGAUAACUAAUGUAUUCCCACCUAGAUCUGGAUUGAAAAAUUUAGGACAGUGAAAUGCACUUGGCUGUGUUAAAGAAAGUAGUCGUGAUAAACAUGAGUAUUGGUAAGUAGCGUUAAAUGUGAUUAGUUAACUGUAUUUUCACAUAUGUAUGUUUGGCAUUUGGACAAAUCAUUUUCUAUAAAUAAUUAUUAACCACAUACAGUAUUCUUAGCUGUCUUCAAAACUACUUUCUUGUCUUAUAUAAACUGGUAACCAAAAGAGUAACAGAAAGAGCAAAAAUAUUUGAAAUAAAAUGUUAAGCAUAUCAAUUUAAAAAUGACAACUUAGACUAAAAUAAAACCUCAUGUUGACUAAAAUUAUUUCCAUGGAAAAAUUCAUGCAAUAAUGUAAAGUUUUAUGUCAGGUUUUGGUAACUUUGGUCUCCCAAAUGGCAGUGUCCUGUUUCUUUUAGCUUCCCAAGAGCAGAAGGCAAAAAAUAAAUGACCUCUUACACUUGAUGUUUUUAUGGCGUGUAGAGUUAUUUUGUUUACUCCUUUGCAGCUACACUAACAGUAUUUAUCUUCCGUGUGGAAAGCAAACACAUUCACCAAAAAGAUGUGAAAAGUAAAAAUAUUGUUUAAAAAUAACAUUUUUAGGUUUAUAACAUUUUUUACAAUUUUAAUGUUUUGUAUACCUGUAUAAAAAAAACUCCCAUAGAAAUUCAACAAACUAAAAACCAUGGAUAUUAUACAAAACAUUCAUUUGUUCUUUUAAUUAUAAUUUAUGUAAAUCAGGAUAAUAUUUGACAACAUUUUAUUAAAUAAAACAAUCUGCUAUAUCUUUUCCAAUUUAAAAUUAAUUACCUUAUUAUGUAGCAUUAAUUACCAUGUUUAUUUUUUGUAUUUUUUUAUUUCAGUGGUAGCUUGCCGUAGAUAAUGUUUAUUUAUCACUUAAUUUCACUUUAUCAGUAGUUGUAUACUGUUCAUCAUAAAAAAAGUUUAAGAACUGAAAUUUCUGAUUUCUGAGGUAAAUGAAAAGGGCAAAAAAAAAAUUUAUAUUUCACAUAUAAAAUAAAAAUUUUAUAGCCGACAUCUGCAAACGUAACAACUGAUAAGUUUCUAUGGCAUGAACUCUGAUAAGCCUUUCAAUUCAGCCGUAACGUAAAUAAAAAUAAUAUAAUACUGAACAGAAUAAAUCAAAUGCUCCAACUGUCCCUGACAUUCCAAACUGUAGGAAGCCUGCCGUAAAGAAAACAUAAGACUGCUGUAAGUAUUGAUUAAACUUAAACUGAUUUUUUUAAAAAAAAAAUUGAUAUUGCUUGGAAAGCAUAAUGAAUAAACAAAAUAAAUGAACUUUUACCAUAAGUGAUGUAACUGUAGUUAGUUGUGGAUUGAUGGAAACAGAAAUAUUAUUGUCUUGUAUUUGCUGUUUCGUAGCAUUUCGAGAAGCACAAAUACAACAAUUGUUAUUUUAAAACUG